AGAGAUUCGGACAGGAUCACAGAAUAUGGGGAGGAUAAAGCAGCGCACAUUGCCAUACUCCACAUUUCCGGUUUUUACAAGCGUUGCCUCUGUGGUCGCCAUUUUCCAGGAGACGUUCAACGAGAAGGAGGUCGUGCUUUAUUCUGCAAGAAAUAAACCAUGAGUGGAUGUCGAGUAUUCAUCGGUCGCUUGAGCCCCCACGCUCGUGAGAGGGAUGUGGAGAAAUUCUUCAAGGGAUAUGGAAGGAUUCGGGAGAUCAACCUGAAAAACGGAUUCGGUUUUGUGGAGUUCGAUGACCAUAGGGACGCGGACGAUGCGGUCUAUGAGCUGAACGGCAAGGAGCUCUGCAGUGAAAGGGUGACUAUUGAGCAUGCCCGCUCACGUAGAGGAAGAGGUGGUGGACCUGGAGCCGGUGGUGGUGGUGGUGGUGGUGGACGAUUCUCCCCUCGCUUCAGUGGCUACCGCCAGUCGCGCAGCGGAAGCUCCCGGUAUGAAACGAAUACCAGCACACUUGAAGAUAAUCACAGGAUUGGGGGAUACGGCCCACCCGUUCGCACGGAGCACAGAAUCAUUGUGGAGAAUCUCUCCUCCCGGAUCAGCUGGCAGGAUCUGAAAGAUCUGAUGAGGAAAGUUGGGGAGGUGACUUUUGUGGACGCCCACAGAACCAACAAGAACGAAGGGGUGGUUGAGUUUGCAUCCCACGGAGACGUGAAGAACGCCAUUGAUAAACUGGAUGGGACUGAGCUGAACGGCCGCAAGCUGAAGUUGUUUGAGGAUCGUAAGAGGAACCGCAGCAGGAGCCGUUCCCGCAGCUACUCCCGCUCCCGGAGCCGCUCCCGGUCCCGCUCCCGCUCCCGCUCCAAGUCCCUGAGCCGGAGCCGCAGCCGGAACAACUCCCGCAGCCGCUCCCGCUCCGUCAGCCGCACCCCGGAGAAGAAGCCCGCCGGCCGGCCCGUGCCCCGCUCCCCCUCCCGCUCCCCGUCCCGCUCCAGGUCCCGGUCCCGCUCCCCCACCCCGCCGCCCCAGAGGAAGCGCUCCCAGUCCCGCUCCCCCUCCGCCGAGUCUCAGCACUGAGCGCGCGGUCACCCCGCCGCGGCGACGGGUGGUAGGCGCGGCCGCCGACGUAGGGCUCUAAACGACAACCGUGCGGCCCGUCGGUUGUUAGACUGUCGGGGUGGAUGCUCAGAGAAACACGAGAACCUUUUAAAACCUAUUCCCUUUUUCGCCUCGGCUGGUAUGUAAUCGCUCCAGCGACAGUCCCAGAACUGUUUUCUAAUCCCCGCAGUUAGAUUUAGCCUUUUGUUCUUUUGUAUUGCCAGGAUUGGGGGGGGGGGUUCUUCAUUAAGAGAGCGCGAGUGAUUGACAGCCCGUUUUCCCCCCCCGGGCUUCUAUUAAUUUUUUUUAUUAAAAAAAACGACUUAAGCUUUUUAUUGAACUCACUCAGAUGUACGCCGUGUCCAGAUGUCUCGUCUACGCAGCUUUCCGUGUUGGUGGUAGUUUGUGAUGAUUUUGUUUUUCCCCCCAUGUACAGGCCGGGGGAGGGUGGACGUUAAGGCCGUCGCCUUCCCGAAGCGCAGGUCUGACGUGGGUCCCGUAAAUGCGACCGUAGUAUUCUCCCCAUAAUCACAGGUGUUUGAGCCCCCCUCCCAUUUUUUAUAAGGCUGUUCAUCUUUGUCCAGGGUUUAAUUGUUCCAGAGUAUAGAAAGCCUUUGCGACAGAAGCACAUAACUAUUUAAUAUUUAAUAGCCGAUUUAGACUGAGCAGUCCUGCUUCCGUCUUUCCUUAUUUUCUUUUUCUCAUUUUGGUUCCCCCCCCCCCUCAUCCCCUCUUCCUCUGAAAGCAUAGAUGUUAAAGAAUGAGUGAACGGGGAAAGUGAGACAGGUGAUUAUGCACUUGAUUAAUCUUCAGCGGGUGCUUGUACAUAGUGUUCGGUUUCGUCCCUCACGUCAGCGUUUUGUGUGGUGUUUACACGCACACGCGAGAGGUCUGGGACGUAGUUGUAUUGUGCGUGUGGUUCCAGUUUAUUUUUGUUUGUUUGUUUUUUAAAGGUUUGAACUUUUUUUUUUUUUUUUUUUUUUUUUUUGGUUUUUAUUUUUAUUUUUGGAGAUGGACUUGUUUGCGGAUUCUGACCUUGUUUGGUGCUUGUGUGCCCUGCGGUCGCUUGGCGGGCCGUCUCAGACCCGUUCGGUGGCCCGUGAGGUGCUCCACGCGACCCCCCCGCCCCCCCCACAGCACCAAAGCCAGACCGCCGUCCCUGUGUUCCCCUCCUGUGCCGCUUAGCGACCACGGCGGUCUGCUUGUGCUUACGGAGCCACUCAAUAGGGGGGGCCUUGCAGCUGUGGGCAGAGGUCAGAUGUAAACUGUCAAGUUGUGGAGCCGAUUUGCUACAAAAAAUUAAAACUGAUCAUACAGAA